UGAGAAUUUGGUGGAACAAAGCUAGUUUUGAAAAUGUUCUUGAGUAGGCCAUUAGCCAUAACCAUAACAAUAAUCUUCUCCCUCUCAUGCCUUGAUUGCUUUCCUAUUGAUGAUAAGCGAAUUGUCAUCAAUGUGGAUCAUUUCGGCGCUCGAGGCGACGGGCAUACUGAUGAUUCGGAAGCAUUCAGUCGCGCUUGGAAGAAAUUUUGUGAAACAGAAAAAGGAGAGUUGUUGAUUCCUCCUACAAAGACAUAUUUACUGAAGCCAAUGUCUUUGGAUGGACCCUGCAGGCAAAAUCUUAAGAUGAAGAUAUCAGGAACAAUUAAAGCUUCUCCGAAUAAAAGAGAUUAUGAGGUUACAGGGAGGCUAAACUGGAUGGUUUUAAGGUAUCUGGACUACUUCCAUGUUGAUGGGGAUGGCAAUAAAGGCACCAUAGAUGGAAGUGGGAAAACCUGGUGGAAGGAUUCUUGCAAUUUCAAGGAAACAGCGACCUGCGACAAAGGUUUAGUACCAUUUUCAGUCAUGUUUGAGAAUUCCACAAAUUUGAAGGUGGAAAACUUAUCGUUUAAAAAUGCCCAAAAGAUGCAUCUGACUUUUAAUGUAACUCGAAAUGUUGAAGCUUCACACAUCAAAAUACAAGCUCCUGAAGAUAGCCCCAAUACUGAUGGGAUACAUGUAAGUGGGAGCUACAAUGUUACUAUCACCAAUUCUAACAUUGCCACAGGUGACGAUUGUGUUUCAAUAGUAAACAAAACAACAAUGGUUAGAGUUCUUGACACACAAUGUGGGCCGGGGCAUGGAAUUAGGUAAUCAAUUCAAGCUUUUUCGACAUGCCUUUUUAUAUGUGAAUAAAAUAAAGGUUGAGUAAUCGAAAAGAAUUACAAACGAAAGAAUUAAAAAAAAAAAUGAUAAAUUU